UCAUCUUAGCCGUGCUUUAUAUUUUCUCAUGUGUUGCCAGUGUGAUCAUAGUUCAGCUCCGUGCGCACAUGCGUAAAGUGUAGUAGGUGGACGCGCAUGGCAUCUCCGCGCAGCUGCCGUCUUCCGCCGCUGGCUUGCUGAUGAUGCCGAGCGGAACGGGUAGCUUUUACGAUCCUGUGUGCGGCCACAGCCGCAGUUACCGGGGUUGAAGGCGAAGGAAACUGGAGAGGAGUCGGGGGGCGCGAUGGAUGGUCCGUGUCCUUUCUCAUCGGCCCGACAGCUUUAACGUCGGUGGAUUAAUCAGAGGUGAGAGUGAAUCAGGAAACAUUCCUCAUAUUCAUCCCGGACCACUCAUCCUCCCAAUCUGCUGCUGCUGGUGACGAUGCUCUUAACGCAACCUGCGUGCGUUUCCUCCGGUAAAGGCCAGCUCGCUCGGUGCAAACCCUGAUCCUCAAAGAAUCCCGGAUUUCUCCAUCAGCAGAGAUUUCUUUAAAGGAAGCAUCAAACACGCCACUGCGGAAAUAAGAGAGCAGCUAAAUCAUCAAUAUGGCAGCGUUUGGUUCCUCCUAGAGAUCUUGGAGUGUUUUCUUUUUAAUUAAUUUUUUGUGAGGAUUGAGAGGAGCAGAGAAGUGGGUGAUAUCAACGGACAGGAGAUACCGCAGUAACCGAGUCUGUGAUCCGCGUCAAAGGAUGCCGUCAUCCCUCCGAGCUGAAGGGUUCAAGGCUUGAUAAUCAGCAGCAGGUGAGUCGCUUUAAUGAUCGAGGAAGGCAGCAAACGAGGCAAGGCCAUGGUCGAGAAGAGACAGCUCUUCAUGGAAAUGAGAGCGCAAAACUUUGAUGUUAUCAGACUGUCAACUUACAGGACCGCCUGUAAACUCCGGUUUGUGCAGAAGCGAUGCAACCUCCAUCUGGUUGACGUCUGGAACAUGAUUGAAGCUUUUCGUGACAACGGGCUCAACACGUUGGACCAUAACGCUGAGAUCAGCGUGUCUCGGCUGGAGACAAUUUUGUCUUCCAUCUACUACCAGCUCAACAAGCGGCUGCCUACCACCCACCAGAUCAACGUGGAGCAGUCCAUCGGGCUGCUGCUCAACUUCAUGGUGGCCACCUAUGACAGUGAAAGCCACGGAAAGCUGACCGUUUUCUCCAUGAAAUCCAUGCUGGCGACCAUGUGUGGAGGAAAAAUCGUGGACAAACUGCGCUAUAUUUUCUCCCAGAUCUCCGACUCAAGUGGAGUCAUGGUGUUCGCUAAGUUCGACCAAUUCCUCCGGGAGGUGUUGAAGCUCCCCACAGCUGUGUUUGAGGGCCCCUCGUUUGGAUACACGGAGCAUUCAGUGCGGAUGUGCUUCCCCCAGCAGAAGAAGAUCAUUUUGAACAUCUUUUUGGAUGUGUUGAUGGCAGAUCCUCCUCCUCAGUGUCUUGUCUGGCUACCGCUCAUGCACCGACUUGCCAAUGUUGAAAAUGUCUUCCAUCCGGUGGAAUGUUCUUAUUGCCGGAGUGAGAGCAUGAUGGGCUUCCGGUACCGGUGCCAACAGUGCCACGGCUACCAGCUUUGUCAGAGCUGCUUCUGGCGUGGUCAUGCCAAUGGUCCCCAUAGCAACCAGCACCAGAUGAAGGAACACUCGUCCUGGAAGUCUCCGGCCAAAAAGCUGAGCCACGCCAUCAGUAAAUCUCUGGGCUGCGUCCCGAUUGGAGAGCCGCCCCAUCCUGUGUUCCCUGAGCAGGCCGAGAGACCUCAAGAGCUCACCCACACCGUUCAGCCGAAACCAGUGACCAACAACAUGAACGACACAUUGCUCAUGUCCUCUGGGGCACCGACUCCCACCAAAAGUGUCUUGGAGAGUCCCAGUCGACUGGAUGAAGAACACCGCCUUAUCGCGCGAUACGCAGCACGCCUGGCAGCCGAGGCCGGAAACUCCACCCAGCAGUGUCCUCCAUCAGACCUGGGUUUUAACUUUGAUGCCAACAAGCAACAGAGACAGCUGAUUGCUGAGCUGGAGAACAAAAACAGGGAGAUCCUGCAGGAGAUCCAGAGGCUGCGUUUGGAGCACGAGCAGGCCUCUCAGCCGACACCAGAAAAAGCCCAACAGAACCCGACGCUCCUGACUGAACUACGGCUCCUCAGACACAGGAAAGACGAGCUGGAGAGGCGCAUGUCGGCCUUGCAGGAGAGCAGACGGGAGCUGAUGGUGCAGCUGGAGGGACUCAUGAGGCUGCUAAAGGAUGAGGAGCAGAAACAGGCUUCGCAGUCUGGAGGCUCCCCUCAUUCUUCCCCUAGUCACGGCGCGGGAUGCUCCAUGCCCAUGCCGAUACGUUCCACCUCAGCUGGCUCCACCCCGACUCACACGCCACAGGACUGCCUGGCGGGGGUGGGAGGGGACGUGCUGGAGGCCUUUGCUCAGGGUGUACCUAGAAAUCUUCGGAACGACCUUUUAGUUGCUGCUGACUCAAUCACAAACACCAUGUCGUCGCUGGUGAAAGAGCUCCACUCAGUGGAUGAUGGAGCAGAGGAGGAUGAGACCAACAUGAGGAACGGUGGAGACAGAGUGAGAGUACAGAAGCACUGAGGAGGCCAGAUCACUAUCCCAGCCCUCAAGGACAGACGGUCAUCAACUGGGAGGAUCAGCAACAGCAGGACCCCCGGCAUAAGCACGUAGAGUAAUGCAUGCAUCUAAUCUAAAAUGGAUUUCACUAUGUGAAAAAAGAAAAAAGUUACCUCACACCUUGCGGAUAGCAAGAUGUGUCUACUUAGCAAGUGUGUAUGUUGUCCUGUAAACAAACAAACAAAAAAUGUAAUUAAUCAGCUACUUUCCCUCCUGACAGCUAGGGAAUGGCUUCUUGUGCUUUUUUUUUUUUCUCUCCAUACCAGCGGGUCAUUCUGUAAAUACAACACAGUAAACAUGUGGUGCUUGCUGCAGGGGGAGGCAUCCAACACGUUCACCAUCAUCUCUCUGUCAAGGGUUCGCUUUUCUUUUCCGUUUUAUUUCUUGAUCCUUUUUGCACUCAUGUGUGGAUGUAGGUACUGUGACCACGCUACGCCAGGCCUCAGUGGGGUUGAGAAGAUAGCUGAGGUGACAGGAGAGUCCUCGGGAUUCGUGUGAGACACAUUUACGUGCACACUGAAAUACCGGAGCUGAAGUUACGUGUAGAGGUUCUAGACUUUAUCAUCUCUGAUGAGCUGUGACUUCAGUGUUGCCAACUCAUCAGUAGGGAAAGUAGCCACUGACUGUCCUAACAGAUGCCACUAAAGGAACUUUGCUUUGACUCCUGAUUAGCUAAAGUGACCAAAAGAAGAAACUCAGACAGAGCUUGUCAAAAAUAUCUUUUUUUUUCUCCAUGCAUGUGAGAUUCACUUGCAGCCUGUUACAGAGGGGGUAGACAUUUCCUGCUCUGACUGCAGCUUGGAGGAGGCCUGAGCCACCUGUGAGUGCUUUUGGACGGAAGAGGGGCUCUACCCAGCUCCUUCUUCUUUUGGAGUAAGAACAACCCGUGCUUUUAUAUCAGAGUUUCUAACAAUGCCAGAGUCUAAUCACUUUUUUUGAAAGAGUGUUGCAAAAUUGGUUUGAAUACAAAUUCACUAAUAGGGCCUUUCCACAGUCGCAGUUUGGACACGCCCCGGAAGCGCAGGGAGGUGCUACGCUUCCAGAGCACGUCAAGCUCAGCAGUUCAGAUUGAGCCAAUCAGGAAGUCAUAAACAACAGCAGCAUAAAACCUCUGGAAACUUUCAAAAUAAAAGUCAAGUGCAGAUUCCCAGCUGUUUAACUACUUAAAAAAAUACUACUUCCUUACUUGCGACACCUCUGUAGCCAAGGUAAGCCGAACAAACUUUCUCCUUGCUUGUUAUCGUGGGAAUUGCCAAAAUAACACAUGGAAAGCUUCUGCUGCCGUUUUGCCUCUGAAACACUCCGGUGGGACAGGGGCUCAUGGGUAUAACGCGUCUUUCAUCUUACUCACCGCUCACACAUCCAGUGGAAAGCCAGGGUGAGUUGGCAACACUGCCAGGAAGUCACUACAGCCAAUCAAAAUGUGUCUACCAUUCAUUACGAACAAAACCAUGAAACUACGGCGUGUCAGAAAUGCCACAGUGAUAACAAGGCUAAUUUAGCUGUUUUGAAGUGUGUUUCUGCAGUGAAGUUAUACAUCUUACUCAUUCAAUAUAGAUUCCUGAAUGUCCUCUCCUUAGUGGAGUUUAUGUCUGACAGACUGAUAAGCUAACAGCUAGUCCAAAUGCAGCCAAGAACAAAGUGAUUUAAAAAAACUGAUCAAAUUUCCAGAAUUCAAUGUGACAUUAUUUCAUAAAUCUUUACAUGAGCACCAAUGUCACAACAGAUGUUAUUUACCCAGAAUGCUGGGGUUGCUUGUUGGUAAAAUAUCAGCAGCAGCUCAAUGUAGCACCUCAGUCGUACCACCAGAUAUUUGGACCACAAAAACUGCUUAGAAAGCUAACUAAACAAGAACAUAUCAAAAUAAAGACAAUAAAACAUGCAUGUUAUACUAGUUAUAUCCAUUAAUGACACAUAUUUUGCUUUGGCAUUAAUUGUACUGAGUAGGAAUAGUUCUUUACGUUUAUUUUAUUUCUGAAGAUCAUCCAAAGAACCUCAGUUUAAUGUUACACAGUGGAGUCCCAACCAGUGGGAAACACCGGUAACAACGGCUGAUGUCCAAUCAGUUUGAUGCUAAAUGAAAAUAGAUUUCUUGGCAAAUCUAAAAAGGAAAAUUAAGUAAAAACGAGUUAAUGGUUAAACAAAGCUCCCAAAUGAAGGAAAGAGAGAGCAAAAGAAGCUGAAGCACACUUUGGUCUGUGUUCAGACUAGCUGUUAGCUUGUCACUCCUGUGCAAAGUCAACAGGUUAUUAUAGAGGUGACCAUAAAUGUUUCAUAACUUUUACACAGAAACGCUUUUUAAAAUGGCCAAAAUUCCCUUUAAGACUUUAUCUACAGGUGGAGUUCUGCGUAGCCCGACUGAUAGUCGCUAACAUAACCGAUUAGUUCACUGUUUGCUUUGUAAACUGAGCAAACCAAGGAGAUAAAGCCAGACUGGAUGUCUGCAUUCUUCACGCCAAACCAGCAUAAUCUCACAUUAAGUCAAAGAGCUGACACAUGGCAGCAAUCACGGAAAGAAAUAAACCUAAAACCUGUCAUUUUAUCCUAACUUAUUUUUAAAAUGUUACGAUAACACAAAGUCUUUGUCUGCUUUUUAUCUAGUACCCCAGUAGGAAGAGGCACAAUACCUCACAGCCGGAGUACCGUGUGCACGCAAACACACCGACUGAGUCGCUUGCUGCUAAUGUGCUCUCAGUGAGCAGCGCUUGCCAAUCAGAGUGCUGAUGCGGCUGGAAGCCACGGGGCUGCUGCAAACACAAUAAUGAGCCAAGUCUCCUCCACUCCCAAUGAAAACCCCCUGAAGGGCAUUGUAUCGCUCAGCACAGCACGGCGCCUCCUUCUGAUGGACGCCGAGAGGCUGGGUAUUUUUUGUGGAAGGAAACACCUCAGGACCGUAGAGAAACCGAGUUUUAGUCCAGAUGUAAGCAGAUGUAGGGCUGUAGCAGGUAUGGCUGCAGUAGCUUUAUGUAGUGGGUGAAAUAUGACAGAAAAAGUGCAUGUGCAAUAAAAGUAUGUGCUCAGGGACGGCAGAGCUACAGGGGGCUAGGAGGUUAGGCAUGAACCAUAAUUAGAAAUGAAAGGUUCAACUCCAACACACUGUUUGGGUUAAGUUCUCCAUAAAUCUGAGCUCUGGGAUGGUUCUUCUGUUGCUGUUAGCUGGAGAGGAUGUUUUAUUCUGACUCAGAUGAUCGGGUUAGGGUUUUUUUAUUUUUAUUAUUAUCUAAGUUCAACUGGGUUUUACUUUUCAUUCAAGGUUUCCAUUUCACAUGAAAAUGGAUGUUGUCUGGCUUUAUGUACAUGCAAAAUGGUAAAGGCUUGAAGUGAUAAGUUCAGAUCUCCAAGCUGGACUCAACAGAACAGCAAAAAGCUUGUUUUUGUUCUUCUUGUGGUUUGUGCAUUAAAUGUUUCUGAUAAGGUCCCAGCUGCCUGUUCCACCGUGUGAAGGAUGAGAACAGAACAGGUUCUUCUGCUAUCGUCUUUCUAAACGUUCUUGGUGUCUGGUUUUAUUAUUAUUAUUAUUAUUAUUAUUAUUAUUAUUAUUAUGGUCUGCAAUACUGGUGGAGUUCAGUCAUUGCAACGAAAAGAUAAAAAAUGCUGAUUCACUCACAUUUCCAUAGUCUCUAAAAUUGCCGAGAAGCAAGAAUUGGCAAAUUUUCACAAAUUCUAAAAUGAAAGUUUCAUUUUUCCACCCGUCUCUCCGCUCCAUUUUUCUCUGUUCUUUGGGUUUGUGCCUGUAGCCGUACCGUAAAGUGCUGUAUAAAGUAUUCGUUCAGCAAAUAAGAUCAAUCAGCCUCUCAUGUCGAAACGUUUCAGUCUGUGACUUUGUAGAGAAUUUAUUUAUUUAUUUACUUAUUAUUUAUUUACGUGUUUGUUUAUUUAUUUGAUGUGUUUUAUUGGGGGGAAACUUAUGCUCAGCCUUUACAUUUGUGCCAAACAUCAUGUGUCACGCAAAGUCACAGUUUCUACGUUGCUGCGCUUUAUCUGUUCACAGAAUGCCUGGGGAGGAGGGGGGGGGGGGGGGGGGUAGAAAGACUUGUGUUAUAAUUAUGAAAGUCAAAACAGAACCAUAUUCAGCUGAUGAGGAGGGAUCGCUGCUGAGGUCUGUCACACCAAACUUGGGGUAACACACAUUCUUCCAGAGAGGCGAUCGACGGCAGAUCUCCCCUGGCGUCAUUUCUCUGUGUGUGUGCUCUGUACACUUCUCGUACACAUUUGUUUCUCAUGUUGAUUCUACAACACAUAGUUUUAUGUCACAAAAACUACUGUUUAUCUGUGUAAAUAAACCAAAUGUGAGAUAUAUUAAAAAGAUUUAAAAUAUGA